GUCUUUCUGACUCUGUGGUGGUUGUUUCUAAGGACAAAUGAACUACGUAUCCCAGGAUGCACCGCUCAGAGUCAACGCUAUUCUGCUGCUGGUUCCAGAAGUUCUUGGGAAAUGGAGUCCAAGCUGUCUCGGAACUUAACGGUUCAGGUUAUCCUUGAGACUCCAUUCCCCAGCAAGCUCAGCGUGUAGCGUGCAGUAUGGAGCCGCAAGUCGCAGAGCUGAAGCAGAAGAUUGAGGACACGUUGUGCCCUUUUGGCUUCGAGGUUUACCCCUUCCAGGUGGCAUGGUACAAUGCACUCCUGCCUCGAGCCUUCCACCUGCCCCUGCCAGGACCUACCCUGGCCUUCCUGGUACUCAGCACACCUGCCAUGUUCGACCGGGCCCUCAAGCCCUUCCUGCAGAGCUACAACCUCCAAUCACUGACUGACCCUGUGGACCAGUGUGUGGCCUACCACCUGGGCCGUGUUAGAGAGAGCCUCCCAGAGCUGCAGGUAGAAAUCAUUGCUGACUAUGAGGUUCACCCCAACCGGCGCCCCAAGAUUCUGGCACAGACGGCAGCCCACGUGGCAGGGGCUGCUUACUACUACCAACGACAGGAUGUGGAAGCUGACCCCUGGGGGACCCAGCACAUAGCAGGCGUGUGCAUGCAUCCCCAAUUUGGGGGCUGGUUCGCCAUCCGAGGGGUGGUGCUGCUGCCAGGAAUAGAGGUGCCAGAUCUACCACCCGCUAAACCCCUCGACUGUGUACCAACAAGAACAGACCGAAUCAGCCUUCUUGAAGGCUUCAAUUUCCACUGGCGUGACUGGACUUACCGAGAUGCUGUGACACCCAAGGAGCGAUACUCAGAAGAGCAGAAGGCCUAUUUUUCCGCUCCACCUGCACAACGCUUGGCCUUGUUAGGGUUGGCCCAACCCUCAGAGGAGCCUAGCUCUGUAUCCGCUCAGUUUCUCUUCACCACACUCAUACCCAAGAAGCCUCAGAAUCCCAGAAGAGCCAGCGACUGGCUCAAUCCCAGGGUCUCACCUCCUGCAUCCCCAGGCCCUUGAUGCCUUCCUCCUUGGUGGGAUACCUAUUUACAGUGGUACUUGCUAGGACUUAUUUGGCUUUGGCAAGGCAAGAGGUUUUAUUAUGGAUACAAGAUGAUUCUUUUUUAUGAGUUAUAGUAGAGAUCUUCAACGAAGAUAAGGCUCGAAGAAGUUUGGUCAAGACAACAGAAAAUCAAAGACCAAGGUAACCAAUAUAUGUCAACUAUACUUCAAUAGAAAAAAAAAAAAAAACCAAGGCAGAUCCAGAAUUCCCACCUGCUUUGGAAUAUGGGAUUUAUUUAUUGCCUGUUACCAUUUCUCUGCAGUGCUCCAAGAGGCUACUUGUUAACAGGGCCUAAGGGGCAACCAUCCCCGAGUAAUGGUAUAAGUAAUGCUUCAGGGUUGUUGUGGGGACUGAAUACUAAAUACCUGUAAAGCAUUUCUGAAAUUGUGCCUAGCAUAUAGUAAGCCAUGUGUCAGCUGUUAUUGAAGGCCCUGGGGAAUCCUGCAGUGCUCACAGGUCCUUCUCUCUGAACACUGGAGGGGAUAGGUAGGCUGGGAAGCUGAUAAAGACAAGUGUCUGGACAGGCACCAUACAAUACACUGAAAGAUCCUCAGCUCUGAAUCUGCCCUAGCCUUAAGGGUCCAGGAGGAACCCACCUCCCCCUGCCCACACACUACCUCCCUCAGGACAAUGAUAUGAAUGAGGGCCAAAAAUGGACUACCUUCAAGGAAGCCAAGAAGUGUUCAGCUCUGUUGUUUUGAUACCAAAAGCCCUACCCUACAAACACCAGCCCUACCCUACAAACACCAACCCUGUGUGUCUCCUCCUCCUGUUUUUAAAAGUUACAAAAGUACAGAGCCUCUAAUUCUGAUCUUUUACUGAGCCAGUACCAGGCUUUUAUCAGAAGCCAAGCUUCAGGAUCUCAUGCAGCCCUCCCAAUAGUAUAAAGGGUAAACGCCCAAGCAAUCAGUCAUUGGGGCCCUAAUCUACAAUGCAGCCUGUAACAAACUGAAGUGCCUUAGCCAACACUGUAGCAGGUCUUGCACUUCUUCCCAGAC